CAUAAUCGGGCCCAAGCCCUAACCGGUUAGACUUAGAUAAAGCAGUACGGAGGGGCAUUCGUGACUUCAAUAGCUCCGCUCUCUGCGAUUCUCCGCUGUGCUUUUCAAAUAUCUACUCUCGUCCGCCGCUGGCACGAUCUUUCUUUCAUUCGUCUAUCGUCGCGGCGCUAUCUUUCUCCGUUCACAAGCUCCUUCCAUGAUCACCCAGCUUGGAGACGAUCUCCUCGUAGAGAUUCUCAUCCGCCUCUCCGAUCCUAAACCCGCCUGCCUUUGUAAAUCAGUCUGCAAGCGGUGGAGCUCCCUCAUCUCCACUCCCUCCUUCAACCGCCGCUUAAUUCAUCACCACCACCAGAGUUGGAACCAACUCCCUCUGCCGGAGGAUCCGAACGAGCUGCAAUCGACCGUCCGGAGCUUCCUCCCUCGCGUGCACGUCCGAGACGAAUUGAGAGUUCUGGAUUGCUUCAAGGACUGGGUUUUGUGCGGGUUCUGGGAUUUGGAUAACGACAACCACGAGUCGAGGAGAUCGUACUUGGUCUGCAAUCCGUUCACCAAGCAGUGGGUCGCCCUUCCUUUAGCGCCUAAAAAGCACGUUGACUACGCCCAAUCCCUCGCCAGGUUAGUUUGUGAACCCUGCAAUCCUAGGAAAUUUGAUCUGGGUGAUGAUGAACAAGCAUUCGUCUAUUCUUCCGAGUAUCGGUUCCGAGUCGUGUGUAUUUAUAAUGUGGGGCCGACAACGAUGCUAGACGUGUUUUGUUCCGAGUCCUGGAAGUGGACCAGGGAGAUUCUUGCUUUCCGCCGCUGUCUGAGGAUCGGAAACAAAACUGUAGUUUCGUGCAAUGGGGAGUUGUUCUGGUCCUAUCAUAAAUUCGAAGAUCUGAAAGAAGACCGGCUCCAUGGUUCGGUGGCGGCCUUCAAUCCUUUCCGUCUCGAUAUACCCCCCACUUCCGUUGAUGUUUCUGCGUUUGAUGCGAAAGCGUGGUGGGUUAUUUCGGUCUCGCAAGGCGCACUGCACGUGAUUGCAUUCGAGGGCAGAGUAGGUGUCAUUGGGUGGCUUUCAAGUGUUUGGAGACUGGAAGAAGACCGACGAUCCUGGAGGAAACUGUGUGAAGGGUUGGUAUGCAACAAGAAAUCGAGGUGUAGUAACUAUUUAGUUGAGAGAUGCGAUCUUGAACUGUGUCUGCAUCCAUGUAAGCCAGAAGUUUUGCUGUUCAACUGGCUUGAUGGGGGUGAUGCGAACGCUAUACUGUCCUGGGAUCUGCAAAGAGAAGAGGUGGAGUUUUUUGCUGAGCUAGAAGGUGGCGCUGCUGUCAGUUGUAUUAUGGUGUUCCAGCCUCGUGUCCAUUGCUGGCCUACUUCGAUCCAAUGUUUCAGAGAUUGUACCCUACCGCCCGGACGGACUGGUAAUAUCGCUUGUUGGGCACGAAAGGGUAGGCGGUUUUACCGUACGAAACGGUUGAACUACCAUAGUUUUAAUACAAAAUACCUUAUCUCAUAAUUCUCUGAUAUAACUUCUGAUACGGUUUCACAAUACUUGCUUCUUCGAUCAUUAGCUAGAUGUUGAAAUUAUGGAGGAAAUAAUACUCAAUAAGCUCUAACCUAUAGGUCGAUUAUAUAUGAAUCAUGAUAAUCUACUUUGAACACGCCAUUCGUUAGUUGUUUCUUAUCCUCAUAUUUGCCUAUGCGUGCUUUUUUCUUGACUAGAUUGAUAUUUUUGCACAUUUUGUUGAGUUUGAUUUUUUACCUCAAAGAAAUUAGUUCACUUCGUAUGCAUGCUUCGGUUUGAUUGGUGAGUGGGAUCAACCGUAACACCCGACACCCGUAACCCCAGCCCCCAUGCAAUUUUGACUUAUCGAACUUACCCACAAUCUGUUACUGCUAGCAAUGACAAACAUAGUAUAGCUAGCAUAAACACUACAAAUUAAAUGGCAAACAAAAGACGAUAACAGAUAACUAUCCAACACAGGUACUAAUAAUAGAGUUAAACAGAACUUCUAAACAUCAGUUUGCUACUUGCAUAAAACAUAGUUUGGACUGAAGAGUCUGUAACUUGCCUCGUAAAGAGUAGCAGCAUGGCGACGAUGCAUCCAACGAUGCAGAGUUCGUACUAAAAUAUUUAAUUAAAUAGUCACGGUUUGUCGCCAUCACUUUCACUGCCUCCUACGUCAGCAGAAUCAAGUCUACAACUCUGAAAGAGAAGUUUCUUUCUUUCAGUUGCAGCUGGAGUUUAGCAAAAGAUAGAAACACGAAUUAGAUUCCCAGAAAAACCUAACCCUUAACACAAAUUUCAAAAGAUAUAGAACCAGGGGAUUUAUCUAUCAGCUAUACCGUGGAAUAAGAUGUUGAAUUAGGAACUGAAACACACACACACACGUAAUGAAUACUACUUCUUUCUAUAAGAAUGCUGCAAUGUUAUUGAUGACACUCACACAGUCACAUGGUUAAUCCAAAAUUACAAUGUAUAAAUAAUCCCCUGAUUGGCUGAUCUUCUAUCCAAACAUAAAAGAAAGUAAUAAUCACUCAAGACAAAUGCAAAAGUAAGCAGAACCUAAAUAUCCUUGUUAUAGACAACCUAGAACAACUCUACUCUAUACUUGAUGCAAAAGUAAGCAGAACCUAAUGUAGUUUUGCAAGACAGUCUCGAACCAAAGACUCCCUCGUCAUUUGAGGGAUAUGAAGAACAUGGCAAUACUGGCUACAACACCAGGGGAAUUUCCCUUAAUUUCUCUGGUAAAGUGGUGACGUAAUGUUUUUUUUCACAGGGCACAGUAGGUUCAACUUUUGAACUUCUGUUUUGUAUCUAUUAAGCUAUUAAUGGGAAUUAUUAGCAACAAACGAUUAUUUCCAGCAUGUGAAGAUAACAUUGAUGCCAUUACAUCCUUGAAAUCAGAAAGACUGGUAAGCAACAUUGAGGAUCAAAAACUACUAAAGACUCUAGCUAUUUAUUACUAACCUUGAUGACAGUCCACUUAUAAUUGUUACAGAAAACAAAGAAAAUGCAAUAACAGAUUACAUUGGUUAAUUACCAUGAACGAAUGGUUCGAAUCCUGCGCCAUCUUGGGCACACUUCUUUCCAUCUGCAAAACUAUCCUAGGAAGAGGCAAAGGAAAGGGCAGCAAAGACCACAUGACUGAUUACAUGUAUAACAGAACCGGUGAUCCAAAUGCCACAUGACAUGACUGAUUACAUCUAUAAAAGAAGCUAAACUUCAUAAGCAGAGAAUACGAAAAAGAGAGUUAUAGAUGCACAACAACAGCCAUGUACACAUACCCGUAUAGUUUAAGAAACUGUGAGCGCCUUCAGCAAUGUGAUCUAUCUCUUAAGUAGUGAUUGAGGAAGAAAAGCAAAGCUACAACAACUGAUAUUGCUUGAUUCUGAACCUCGCAUAAACUGUAAUGUUUGGC